AUGAAGGGUCUUAAACAUAAUUAGAUCCCAUGGCCACCCACAAAGUUUUGAGCAUUGUUUUCUUUGUGUUGCUAGGCUUGGGGAUCUGUUCUGCAACUAGAGCCCUCCUCACCCUUGAAGGCUAUGUUGGCGGAUAUGGUGGUGUAGGUGAACAUGAACUUGCUACCUAUGGAGGAGGUAGUGGAACCGGCGUAGGUGGUGGUGCUGGUGGAGGUGUUGGAGGAGGUGGUGGUGGUGGCAGUGGUGGUGGAGGAGGAGGAGGCGGUGGUGGCAGUGGUGCUGGAGGAGGAGGAGGCGGUGGUGCUGGAGGAGAGCAUGGGGCUGGAUAUGGAAGUGGAAGUGGUGAAGGAGGUGGAGCUGGAUAUGGCGCUGGUGGCCAACAUGGAGGUGGAUACGGUGGAGGUGGCGGAAGUGGCGGUGGCGGUGGCGGUGGUGGAGCAGGAGGAGCUCAUGGAGGAGGUUACGGCGAAGGAGCUGGCAGUGGUGGCGGAUAUGGUGCUGGUGGAGGCGCCGGUGGUGGCGGUGGUGGUGGCAGCGGUGGUGGUGGUGGAGGAGGUCAUGGUGCGGGAGGAGCAGGAGGGAGUGGAUAUGGUAGCGGAGGGGGCGCGGGCGGUGGUGCAGGAGGAGCCCAUGCAAGUGGAUAUGGUGGUGCAGGUGGAUAUGGUGGUGGCGGUGGCGGUGGCGGUGGCUCUGGUGGUGGAGGCGGCUUCGGUGGUGGAGGCGAACAUGACGCCGGAUAUGGGGGAGGUAGUGGGAGUGGAGAAGGUGGGGGUCACGGGGGAUAUAUCCCUUGAAGGAGAGCUCCUCACUCACGUUAAUUAAACUACAUCUUCUUGCCAAUCUCAUAAUACGAAAAAAAAAUAAGGGUAAAUUUGGUAAGAGGAUGCAUAUAAUAUUUGUUGUCUGAAAGGCAAAAAUAAAUUGCCUACAAGAUACAUAUAUCAGAGUGUAUUGCUUCAAUAUAAAUUUAAGAGAUAAGAUAUUUGGUGCAUUUCAGCCACAAAAGUGGUAUUGUAACCCUAAAUACUCAGGUGGAUUUGCUCCUCUGUGUACGUGCAUGAUAAAUUUAAAAUUUUAUUCCGAGCUGAUA